AUGUCUUCUGUUAACCCUCGCGUUGAUGAUGUUGAAGGAUAUGAUACGAAACAACUUAUCACUUAUUUACGAGGAAAGAACUUGGGACUAAACGAAGUUGAAAUUCAAAAUCUUCGUGACGAAAGUAUUACUGGUUAUACCUUUCUUAGGUUAACUAAUUUAUUGCUUAAAGAAUGUGGCAUCCGGAUAGGACCAAGAGGAAAUACAAAGAUUGCGUAUCACCGGAAAUCCCGGUAUUGGAAAAACAUUGUUCAGUUAUUAUUUGCUUUAUCUACUUGCAAAAGAAAAGAAAACGAUUAUAUACGACAACAAUGCUACGAAUGGAUUAAUUGUUUGACAAAGAAGAAGUCUUUUAUAUUGACGACAAAUCCGUUAUUAGACAAUACCAAAGUAACCCCGAAGUUUGGUAUAUCGUGGAUGGCAAAGAACCAAAGAGAGUUGAUGCAAAACAUUGUCUGUUCGCCCAGGAAAGAUCAUUAUAGAAACUUUGAUAAGUAUAUUGGGACGACGAUACGGUAUAUGCCUGUUUGGACAUGGGAAGAAAUCAACAUAUGUAGGAAUAAGAUCUUCAAUAAUCUUAAGGAAAGUAUGGUUGAAGAAUUAUUUUUUCAAUGGGGAGGAAUUCCUCGGUUCGUCUUAGAGAAGGUUUAUGAUGAAUCUCAGCAAAAGUCGCUUCAAAAUGCAAUUGACACAUGCGAUGAAAGAGUACUGAAUUAUAUUGGCGAAAGUGAUCAUGUAAGCGAUAUGAGUCAUAAGCUCUUCCAUAUCUAUACUAACGUCCCUAUCGAUGAUAUCGAAGACGAAAACGAUAAAAACGUUGAAAGCGGUGAUGAUGUCGACGAUGAGGAAAUUGAAGCGGCGGGCAUAGGCUGUGAAAAUGAUAAAAGUCCCUAUACGCAGACAAUUAUAAAAUAUGCGUCUUAUUAUGUUUCUGAACUAGUGACCAAGAAACUUCAAGACGUCUUAAUGAACAAAUUACGCAACGAACUGAAUGCAAGCUUAUCAGAUGGCAUAAGUAAUCCACUUUUGGGCAGCACUUUUGAACAGUUUUCUCACCGGAUCCUACGAAAUGGAGGAAAUUCCAGGGUUCGUCUUUUAGACCAUGCAUCCACUACAUCAACAUCCUUUUACAUUAAGAUGCCUAGACAGGAUAAGAAACUUAUGUUUUCUACAAUCGAUACUAUCAAAAACAGCAAGUAUUAUCAACCAAUGAAUCAAAAUUUUGAAUCGAUAGAUGCAAUUGUUGCACCUGAUAAACUUUUUCAGAUAACUAUUGCUAAGAAUCACUCUAUUAAGUUGAAUGGUUUGAAAAAACUUAUCGAUAAAUUAGGUGGCAAGUCAGGGAUGGGUGACAUUUUCUUUUAUUUUGUCCUACCAAAGAAUUUGUACAUGAAUUACCGAACACAACCUCCAAAAAAACUGUUGCCAAGGCUAAACCGCACUGGGUAA